CAAGACAAAGACUCCGAUUGGCUGCGAUGUUAAAAGCCAUAACCGGCACAUCUCCAUCCGGGACAGUUUUCUGGGAUGCAAAGGAACGGCUGCUCUAAUGGCUGACUGGGUGGAAGCACUGGAUUGACUGAUUCUGAUGUUGGCAUCUCUGAUAUUGUGAACUCUUGACUCUGUACAAUACUUGAAGGAAAGAAACUCAAGGCCAGUUUGUCUGGGGUCACAAUGUCUAAGACCAGAGAGUCUGUGAAGGUGGUGGUUCGCUGUCGACCCAUGAAUGAGAAGGAGCGAGCAGCUAACUUUGAGAGGGUGGUGCAGGUGGAUGUGAAGCUGGGCCAGGUGGCCGUGCGAAACCCCCGGGGGGCUGCAGCCCACGAACACCCCAAGGUCUUUACAUUUGACUCUGUGUACGACUGGAACUCCAAACAGGUGGAUCUCUAUGAUGAAACCUUCAGGCCCCUGGUGGACUCUGUCUUACUUGGUUUCAAUGGGACCAUAUUUGCGUACGGCCAGACGGGUACAGGAAAGACCUACACUAUGGAGGGGGUGCGCAAUGACCCAGAGAGAAGGGGUGUAAUCCCCAAUUCCUUUGAGCACGUCUUCACACACAUCUCCCGCUCCCAGAACCAGCAGUACCUGGUGAGGGCCUCGUACCUGGAGAUCUACCAGGAGGAGAUCAGGGACCUGCUGUCCAAGGACCAGUCCGGCCGGCUGGAGCUGAAAGAGAGGCCAGACACAGGUGUAUAUGUCAAAGACCUCUCCUCCUUCGUCACUAAGAGUGUACGAGAAAUAGAGCAUGUCAUGAACGUGGGGAACCAGAACCGCUCAGUGGGCUCCACCAAUAUGAAUGAGCACAGUUCCCGGUCACAUGCCAUUUUCGUCAUUACCAUCGAGUGCAGCGAGCUGGGCGUCGACGGAGAGAACCAUAUUCGAGUGGGCAAACUGAACCUGGUGGACCUGGCUGGCAGUGAGAGGCAGACCAAGACAGGAGCCCAAGGAGAGCGCCUGAAGGAAGCCACCAAGAUUAACCUGUCCCUGUCAGCCUUGGGGAAUGUCAUCUCUGCCCUGGUGGAUGGCAGGAGCACCCACAUCCCCUACCGCGACUCCAAGCUCACCCGUCUGCUACAGGACUCCCUGGGGGGCAAUGCCCGCACAGUCAUGGUGGCUAAUAUCGGACCAGCAUCUUACAACGUGGAGGAGACACUGACCACAUUACGCUACUCAAACCGGGCCAAGAACAUUAAGAACAAGCCCCGCGUCAACGAGGACCCUAAAGAUGCUCUGCUCAGAGAGUUCCAGGAAGAGAUUGCUCGACUCAAAGAACAGUUGGGGAAACGCUCAGGGAAAAAGAAGAAGAAGAGAAGGGGGUUUGGAGAAGCUGGGGAUGAACUACAAGAGGACAUAGAGGAUGGAGAGACUGAGGAGGAUGAUGAUGAUGAUGGUGUAGAACCAUCUGAUAAAGUGGGUGCAGAUUAUUGGCGUGUACAGCAGGAGAAGUUGGAGAGGGAGAGGAAGGCCAUCAUGGAGGAUCACAGUCUGGUGGCGGAGGAGAAACAGAGGCUGCUAAAGGAGAAGGAGAGGAAGAUGGACGCCCUGAAAAAGGAGCAGGAAGCAGGCGAGAUGCUUACUGCCAAAGUGAAGGCAAUGGAGAGUAAGCUUCUGAUGGGAGGGAAGAACAUUGUGGACCACACCAACGAACAACAAAGGAUCCUGGAACAGAAGAGACAGGAAAUUGCUGAACAGAAACGCAGAGAGAGGGAGAUGAAACAGCAGGUGGAGAAUCGUGACGAGGAGACCCUGGAGUUGAAGGAGACGUACAGCUCUCUACAACAGGAAGUAGACAUCAAGACCAAGAAGCUGAAAAAGCUGUUUGCGAAGCUGCAGGCAGUGAAAACAGAGAUCUAUGAGGUCCAGGAGUUGCACAUCAAGGAGAGGCAGGAGCUGGAACAGACCCAGAACGAGUUGACCAGGGAUCUCAAACUCAAGCAUCUCAUCAUUGAGAAUUUCAUCCCCAUGGAGGAGAAGAAUAAGAUUGUGAACAGGGCGUUGUUCGACGAGGAGGACGACCACUGGAAGAUGCGUCCCAUCACACGCAUAGAGGAUGACCAGCAGAUGAUGACCAGGCCAGUGUCAGCGGUGGGCUACAGAAGACCCCUGAGUCAGCACGCCCGCACCUCCAUGGUGAUGAUGGCUGAUGUCAGAUACAAGUCUGAGAAUAUCCUGAUGCUGGAGAUGGACCUUCCCGCUCGGACCACUAAGGAGUACGAGGGGCCAGUCAUAGCGCCCACGGUAGCAGCAGCGUUGGAGGAUGCUCUGCGGGAAGAGGAUGCGAUCCAGGUGGACGCCUCCAGGUUCCACAGCAGCCUCGAACCCACCAUCACUGGGGCAGUCAAGAAACCAAAGUCUGGCCGACCUAAGACGGGUAAGAAGACUGGUACCCCUACCUCUCGCACCCCCAACUCUCCAUACAGCCCCUCCAGCCCAGGACAUCCUUUAUACCCACAAUCCCGCGGGCUAGUGCCCAAGUGAUAACUCCACACAUUUCCUGUUUUUGGACCCAAAAUUGAGAAGACUGUUUUUUGUUUUGUUUUUCUACUGAGUCUUGCAGACUGAUUUUGCAGUCUGCAAGAGAAAGUGACGGAGACUCCAGACUGAUUCAAGCACUUUUUUAAAAAUAAUUUUAAAAUAUAUAUUUUUCUUUUACCUGAGACCAUAGCUCUUAUCAUUUUUAUUUUUUAAAGAGAUUUGUAUCUACCUUUCCAAACCACAUGGUUACUGCAGUACAAUACUAUGCCAUCUGUGCGUGAUGUUCCAGAGACGACAAGCGGUUGAAUACUACCUUCCUUAUGGGGCCCACACAUUGUUCUUAAUGUUAACAGAUAAGGACAUUGUGUCCUCUAGACCAAUUCUUUUUUGAGCUUCAGUUCACUACUAUGCAUGUGUCCUCCUGGGCCCCUCCUAGGUCUACAGUGUGAUGGGAGGAGACGUGGACAUGGGGGCUGGCAUCGGAAAGGACAGAUCUAAAUGCUUUGCUGUGGGGGGUUGUCUCUGUCCAGAAGUGGUUGUCAAUGUCCCUACUUUAGGUUUACAAGCUGUUAUCCAGGUCUGUCUGUACACAGUUGAGCUUUAAGUCUCUGUUGUCCUCAAUAAGUGGGGGAGUGUGUUGUUUGUACUGCUUGGUGAACUAACUGUACAGGCCGGAGGGUGAAGCACGCUGCAACACGUCUGUCACGUCAGGCGAUGUGGCCAGUCGCUGCUGGAAUCACAACAUGCUGUUCUUCCUGGAGCACAUAUGGUGAUAUGGAAGAGGGGAACUAGAGGUCAACACAAGCCAAAUCAUCUAUCAGGGUUCUGAGGUGCCUUAGAUUCUCCAGACUCUACAGACCUACAGCGGCUGGCUAAAGGAGGGGCAGGGAGCUGUGUGUUGCCUCAACCUCAUCUUUACCGACCUCCGAUCUGGCUCCGAGUGUUCCUUGGAAUCCACUGAUUUGUUGUACCUUUAGGUAGAAAGUUUGUCAACAGGCCUCAAUCAAAAUGGACUUGGUCUGAAAAAAUGAAGGUAGCUUUCCUUGUAUGUUUUGGAUAAAUAUGUAGUCUUAAUUCACUGUUUUUACCCUUGCAUCUGAGUGUUGCCCCCAGUCCCUCUGCAGGGUUAUACCACCCUGUGACAGUAUAUGUGUAUACUAUGAUAUAGAAAGUCCUAUAUCACCUUUUGCGGUUGUAAAAAAUGUAAUACUGACAAAGCUUCACUUUUUAUUUUUUUUAUACACGUAGAUAACAAUUUUAAAAAAUGUUUUCUUUGAAAUAGAGUAUUUUUGGAUUUGUAUAAUUUUAAGUGCACUUUAAUUUUCUGACACGGUAUGUGCAUUUCAAAUGGCUUUAGUGUUUUUGUUUUAAGGUCGGAUCAACUGUUGCCCAAUGUUUUAUAUGGGAAGGAUGCGUUCUAUCCUAAAAUGUGAUGUUCACUCAGAUUCUGUGUUGAGACUUGUAUGCAUUUGGCAUGAGAUGGUAAUCUUUAUACAAUGGUUAGCCCCUAUUUUUUUUUUUUUUUAAUACUUCUGACCAUAAGGUUCAUUCAGCAUGAUUUUAGAAAAUUCUUACGUCACCAAGCCAUAGAAUUUGGCAUCUAAAAUGAAUCCGUACAUUUAUCCCGUUGUCAUGUCACAGUAUCUGAACUGUGUGUAUAAGAUGAUUGACAUUCACGCAGAUAUUGUUUUUGCCAAAUGUUAAAAUUAUGCAGAUGCACUACUAUCGGUGUGACUGGCAACGCAGAAGUCCAAUUGUUCUUUUUGUAAAAAAAAUAAAGUUUUAAUAAAGAUGACCUAAUAACA